GCUGUAUCUCUGUCAGUGAGUGGGCCCUGGUGGUGGAGUCAGUUGUGAGACUGGACCUGCCCUGGAGGACUCUGCGCCCGCGCCUGGCACGGCUGGCACCAGAUGGCAGCAUCGACUACCAGUCCUGCUUCGAGGACAUGGGCCCGGGACAACCCAUACCCCAGGUCACUCCAAACUUGGCUAAAACUCUUUACAGGUAUCGAACAGACCUUGAGAUUAUCUUCAACAUCAUGGACAAAGACCACUCUGGUCAGAUAUCCAUCGAGGAGUUCCGUCAGACCUGGCAUCUGUUUAGUGAUCACCUAGGUGUGGAGGUGGAUGAGCGGGCCAUAGAUGAACUGGCUAAGAGUAUAGACUUCAACAAGGAUGGUAGCAUCGACUUCAACGAGUUCCUAGAGGCCUUCAGGGUGGUGCACAAACUGGAUGUUAAGGACCAACAGCAGGGCUGAGAGAAACCUUGUUGUUGUGCUGAAGACUCACAUUAGCUACCCGGGCAAUGACUUGGCUUUAGCUCAGUGAGCCAACACUGGCAGCAGGGCUGAGAGAACUACAAAGACCAGCGGCUAGGUUGAUAGAACUACAAAGACCAGCGGCUAGGCUGAGAGAACUACAAAGACCAGCGGCUAGGCUGAGAGAACUACAAAGACCAGCAGCUAGGCUGAGAGAACUACAAAGACCAGCGGCUAGGCUGAGAGAACUACAAAGACCAGCGGCUAGGUUGAUAGAACUACAAAGACCAGCGGCUAGGUUGAUAGAACUACAAAGACCAGUGGCUACAAAGACAAGCGGCUAGGCUGAGAGAACUACAAAGACCAGCAACUAUGCUGAGAGAACUACAAAGACCAGCUGCUAUGCUGAGAGAGAACUACAAAAAAAAACAGCACUAUGCUGAGCGAGAACUACAAAGACCAGCAGCAGGCUUGAGGGGAGCCAUGCUCGCCUUGGCUUUAGCUCUGCAGGCUUAAACAGUCUUGUGGUCAACCAUACACUCAGUGUAGCACAUGCAGUUACAUGAGUCAGGAAUAUAUCUAGGAGAUGUGGUCACCCUUCUCCCUGUGGUGUAGAACAUAUCUCAGAGGAGAACACACUACUCUCACCAGCUACUGAUAUGGAGGCGGACCAACACACGUGAGGUUUCUACAGACAACGCAGACAAGAGCUCCCCGCGGCACGUCCUAGCUCUGCUCUGCAGACCAACAGCACUUUGCCCCAUCUUUUCUAUGUCUGAGACAGGGCUGUAAAACUCUGAGACCAGACUACUACAUCCUCUCUUCAGGGUCAAAGGUCCAAUGCAGAUGUUUUAAUUUAAAAAAAUAUCAAUAUUAAAUCAUGUCUGGGUAAGUACCUUACUGGGAUUGUUUUUCAUUAAAAUGGUCAAAAAUAAACUAAAAUAGCUUAUUUUUAGCAAAGAGAUAUUUCUCAAGAAUAUCUCUUUGCUAAAAGCAAGAAUUUAGCUAUGACAGUCUGGGAGUGGUCUGAAAAACUGAAAAUGAUCUGUUAUUGGCAGAGAGGUUUCAACGUCUUUCUUAUUGGUCUAUUAACUCAUUUACUUCCUGGUGUAAAGUGUUGGUCCCAUGUUUCGUGAUGCUGAAAUAAACAAUCCCACAAAUGUU